UGCAGUGGGAGAGUCGAUUAGUAUCUGAGAAUACAAAAUGGCGGCGGCGAAAGCAGCGGUGGUAUUGCCACGUCCGGUGACGUUUGUGACGGGAAAUGCGAAGAAGCUCGAAGAGGUCAAAGCUAUCAUCGGAAGCUCAAUUCCUUUCAAAUCUCUCAAACUCGACCUGCCUGAGCUUCAAGGUGAGCCUGAGGAUAUCUCCAAAGAGAAAGCUCGUUUGGCUGCUCUUCAGGUUAAUGGGCCGGUCCUAGUGGAGGAUACAUGUCUCUGUUUCAAUGCUCUGAAGGGCCUUCCUGGGCCGUACAUCAAGUGGUUUCUUGAGAAGCUUGGCCAUGAAGGUUUGAACAACUUACUGAUGGCCUAUGAAGAUAAAUCAGCUUAUGCAUUGUGUGCAUUCUCUUUCUCGCAUGGUCCCGGUGCUGAACCUCUUACAUUUUUGGGGAAAACUCCGGGUAAGAUAGUUCCAGCCAGAGGACCAACUGAUUUCGGGUGGGAUCCAGUGUUUCAACCUGAUGGAUAUGACCAAACUUAUGCAGAAAUGGCAAAGGAAGAAAAGAACAAGAUAUCUCAUAGGUACAAGUCUUUAGCAAUGGUGAAAUCUCACUUUAAGGAGGCUGGCUACGUGUUCCAGACAACUGAUGAUGAUACCAAUUAAAGUGAACCCAGUUACCAUUUUCCUUCAGCUUUUGAAUAUUUGAGCACUUGUUCUCCUUUUUUACAAGUAGAAACACUUCUGUUCACAAGUUUCUAACCAAAACAUAAUAAUGGCGAACAUAUUCAUUGGAUUUUGUUUUCUGGUCAAGAGACAGUAAUACUGAUCAUUGUCAUCAUUUAUGAAAGCUUGUUGCGUGA